AUGAAGCGCCUGCUCAGACGGCUCUCCCGCGUGGCUGCGGCCGACGCAUGCGCCGCCACCGGCGCGUACCAGCCGCUCCGCUCCGACGCGGCGGCGGCGAAGUCCUCCUCCGCAGGCGCGGCUUGCUCACCGUCCUCGUCCUCCUUCUUCGGCGCGCGGCGGCUCGGCAGCAGCGCGCGCGUGCCGGAGGGGCACGUGCCGGUGUGCGUCGGCGAGGAGGGCGGGCCAGUGGAGCGCUUCGCCGUGCGCGCCGAGCUGCUGGGCCGGCCGCCCUUCGCGGCGCUGCUCCGGCGCGCCGCGCAGGAGUACGGGUACGGCCACCCGGGCGCGCUCCGCAUCCCCUGCGCCGUCGCCGACUUCCGCUGCCUCCUCCUCGGCCUCUCCGACGCCGACGAUGACGCGCCGUUCUACCACCACUAG